UUCCAUCUUUUCAAUGGCUGCGACAUCGACAUCGAUACCCUCUUGGCUUUUUAGAGCAUUAGAAAAUGAUUCACAGUUUAUAUCCGAAACUGUUUGCUCCGCGUUGUCUAAUCGUGAAUAUGCUCGCGAUCACAUGCGAACUCAAUCUCUCACAGAACCACCUUCUACGUCACUUCUUGCGCGCGGGCAGCACGCAUUGACCUCCGCGCUUGGAAAGAUCGACCCCAUCACACACUACUCUAUCGUAAUAGGUCGUCAUCCAGACAAUAGAGUCGCCAAUCGGUACUCCAACAUUGAACCAUAUGAUCGGACACGCGUUGUAGUGGGCGAUCUGAAAGGCAGUCACUGCAGCAUCGGAGCCGAGGGUAGCAAGGGAAGGUAUUUCAAUGCAAGCUGGGUGCGAGAGUUGUAUGGCGGGAAGUUAUGGAUUGCUACCCAGGCACCCCUUCUGCGCACGUCGCAUGUAUUCCUCAGUGCCAUCUUACAACCAAUUUCUGCUCCUCCAGCAUCUCUCAAUUCUCCCCGUAUGCAUUCUCCCAGUCGCGUGCGGACUAUCGUUCAGCUCACCCUAAAUAUGGAGAGAGGACGACAGAAAGCUCAUACCUACUUUCCCUCCACCCCUGGCCAAUCAAUGCUGUCGAACCCGGAUCCUACAAGCGAUGCGCCUGUGCUGCAGGUGACGCUACUAGAGAGCAAGCGAAUUGAUGAAGCCUGCUGUGUGCAGAGCAAGGUUUCCAUCGUUCCUGUCACUUCGACAAAUCCACAGGAUGCUGUGGUGUUUACACAUCUGCUGUAUGCUGCAUGGCCAGACCAUGGGGUUCCUGAGGAUGAGGAUCGAGCUAGCCUUCUUGCUUUCGUUCGUCUUGUGGAUCGUGUUAACAAGGAUACCUCUUCACUUCCUCCAUCCACAAACCCAGAUCCAGAUCCUCCUAUCAUGGUCAACUGCUCUGCCGGCAUCGGGCGGACGGGAUCAUUCAUCGCGAUGUCAUCAUUGCUACGCGCAUACCAUCUUCUGAGUGUCAAUCCGCCCUUCAAUACCCUCGCACCUCCUCCUCCUGUGUCCUCUUUGCCUAUCUCUCCGCUGGGUCCCCUACCAAAGGAGGUUCAGGAAGACCUUAUAGCACAAGAGAUCGACAGCUUACGAGAGCAAAGACCUGGGAUGGUCCAGAGGAAUGAACAAAUCCAUCUCAUCUACGAAAUCCUAAACCAAGCGUUUGAAGUUAGAAGUGCUACCUGAUUUUGCUCUCGUACAGUAUAUAACCUUGAAUAUGACGUCUGCCACUACACGGCAGUUCCUUGCAAGUGCACAUCGCACUACUUACUUAACAUCAUGCAUAUGAUCCAUCAGUUACGUCGUACAUAAUAGUCUACAACUGUAUUUAUGUAAUGUAAAUACGUAUAUCGGCUUGCUUCAAUCUUUCUGACUUGUUUUUGACUCAAA